CCCUCACCCCCCCCUGUGUGCUGCGUGUGUGUGCUCCUGCCGGUACGAUGAUGCGGGUGUUCCUGUGCCUGGUGGUGGCCGCGGCGGGCGUGGCGGGGCUGCAGGACGCCGUCAACAGGGACAUCAUCAACAAGAAGAUCGAGAGGAAGCUGGACAUCUCCUCCCAGCUGGUCAAAGUCACGAAUAAGAUCACGCUGGAGAAUGGCGGGGCGGCGGCGGUCAAGUCCUUCCUUCUGGCCCUCACGCCGGCCGAGAAGGAGAACCUGUCCUUCGCCAACGUGCAGUCUGGUGGUUCAGUGCUCAGGCUUACAAGUACUCAAGUCCCGGAGCACCCAGACAUUGCCUUCUUCAGGGUGGACCUCAGAGACCCUCUGCAGCCUGGAAAGACCAUCAAUGUGGAGACAGAGAUGAUCAUGACACAGAUACUGGAGCCAUACCCAGCCUUGAUCCAGCAGGGGGAGAAGCAGCUGGUGCGCUACACUGGCAACCACUACGUGCUCACCCCGUACACCACCACCACACAGACCACCACCGUCACCCUGCCCUCCCCUAACAUUGAGACCUACUCCCGCCUCAAACCCACCACACACACAGACACUUCCAUCACCUAUGGGUCCUAUGAUGGAGUGGCUGGGUUCUCUGUGGACACAAUGACCAUUCACUACGAGAACAACGCACCGUUCCUGAUGGUUACCAAGCUGGAGCGAGUGAUUGAAGUGUCUCACUGGGGGAAUAUUGCUGUGGAGGAGACUCUGGAUGUUCUUCACACUGGUGCCAAGCUCAAGGGACCUUUCUCACGCUACGACUACCAGCGGGAACACAACAGCUACUCCAGCAUCAAGUCCUUCAAGACUAUCAUUCCCGCCUCAGCCAAGGAUGUGUAUUACCGUGAUGAGAUUGGUAACAUUUCCACCUCACACAUGAGGAUCCAGGAUGAUGCUGUUGAGCUUGAUUUGAGGCCAAGGUUCCCUCUCUUUGGGGGCUGGAAGACACAUUAUAAAAUUGGCUACAAUGUUCCCUCCUACGAGUACCUGUAUAGCUCUGGGGACGAAUACAUUUUGAAGAUGCGCAUUUUGGACCAUGUCUUUGACGAUGUUACCAUUGACGAACUGAAGCUUGUCGUCAUUCUGCCUGAGGGAGUCCGCAACAUCGCCUUUGAGACUCCAUACCCAAUGGAGCGCCUGCCAGACGCCCUCCACUACACCUACCUAGACACUGUGGGGCGGCCAGUCAUCUCUGUAACAAAGAGGAACCUGGUAGAGAGUCACAUCCAGGACUUCACUCUGCACUACAAGUUCCCAUCCAUCCUCAUGUUGCAAGAACCCCUUCUGGUCGUGGUGGCUUUCUUCAUUCUCUUCUUGACGGUUAUUUUGUAUGUCCGCCUUGACCUCACCCUGAGCAAGGACGACGCCACUGAGGCCAAGAUGCGCGUGUCGUCCCACUGUGAGCAGGUCCACACUCACCAUGAGAAGCGUGCUCGCCUCUACGAGAAACUGGAGGAGGAAAUACAGAAACUGAAGAGCUCUAAGGAUGUUGCCCAUUCACAGACUGCCACCAAGAAGAUACAGUCCAGUAUCCGUGAUGAGACCCAAUCCAUCACUGACAUUUCCUCAAAGAUCCGCCUCGACAAUGCUGAGUAUGCAGAGAAGGUGGUCGAACUUCAGAAAAUCGAUAAGACCCUUCGUGACAGUGUGGUGCAGCAGCUGACCAAUGUGGAGAAGCUGGUGGCUGGCAAGAUGAGCAAGCAGCAGUACAUGGAUGCUGAAGGGCCACUGAACAAGAAAAAGGAAGAGGCGCUCGAGAAGAUCAAGAGCAUCCUCGGAAACAUCUGAGUCGGCGGUCCUGUCUUGACCCUCCCAUAGCAACCCCCGUCAACCUUCUCCAGUGUGCUAGAUAAAGAUAAUUGUGGCUGAUAAGGUUAUUGUUUUGUAUUAUUUUCUGGGAACCACUCUCUACUGUACCUGCUAAAUAUUCACCUUUGUUAACGAUUUACCUUCUCUUGCUACCAUAUCUUAAUGUGUACCAACUCUUCAUGUUAAGGCCCAGUAAGGUUGAUAAGGUUACAAUUUUAUAUUCUUUUUUGUACCUCCUCUUCUAGUGUACCUGGUAAAUAUCCACUUUUGUUUUGUUAAUGAUUCACUCCUAUGACCAAAUCCAAUUGUGCACUAACUCUAUGUGGCUGACAAGGAUACUAUUUUAGAUUUUUCUUUUUCUAUACCACCCCUUUUACUCUACCUGCUCUGUAUUCACCUUUGUUUUUUUAAUGGUUCUUCACACAAAACCCUGGUGUGCUUGAUAUACAUGUACAUACUAGGCUGCCAAUGAUUCCAUGUUAGUUGCUGCACGUAUGAAGUGUGUAUGUUGUGAUGGGGAGGGACCAGGAGGGGGAGAAUGCAACCAUAUGCAUGUGCAGGGGGGUAAGGGUGUGUGAGUGGGCAUGCUUCUGAAGUGUGCUGUGGGUAUGUCUCUGCUGCUGUGCCCACUGCUAAAGAAACCUCACUUUUUUUUCUUUUUUUUUUACGUUUUCAAUGAGAUGCUUUUGUCUGAAUAUUUGAAGGUUUAUUGUUAUUAUUUCUAUCUCUAUCUCUGUCUAUCUAUAUCUAUCUCAAGAGCUAAUUUGGUGUUUAUUUAGUUUGCUCAUGAGUGGCAUUUUCCUCUCAAUUUACUUAAAAGCAAUUAAUUGCAAGUUCUUUGUGGGAGGAAAUAAUUAUACUGUAAGGUGGGUUUGUUAAUAAAAAGACCAAGUUUUG